CUAAAUGUGGAAGGCCCUUUAGCAUCUAGUUGGGCCAAUUACAUCCACCCUUCCCGAUAUCGGGCCCGAAAUCAGUCCCGAUGUCGGGCCUGAUAAUAAUUUUCCGUUUCACGGAAUAUCAGCACAUUGUUAAAAAUAUUUGAAAUGAAUGUAAACCUUUUUCUCUUACUACCAGAAAUGGUCAGUGUUUGAUAUUAUUGAAUAUGAAUCAUUUUUUUUAAAUUUCAAAUAUUUUUAACGGUGUGCUGAUAUUUGGUGAAACGUGGAAAUUAUUUAUACAUGUCAAAUAUUGUAAACGAUGGGCCGAUAUUUGGUGAAACGGAAAUAUACUCUUUCUCGAGCCCGACGUCGGACCUGACAUCGGGCGAUAGCGAGUGUGGAUGUAAAAUGGCUCUUAAUUGUCCCUAUUUUGGUCCCUAUUCUUCUAUGGAACGUAGAGGUACCCUCCAUAUAAUCUUCCAAACCGAAACCAUAAACAAGCAUUCAGAAGAGAGAAAAAAACAUACAUUUUUUUAAUACCACGACGGUGGCAUACAAGCAUACGGCCCGCCUGAUGGUGAGCAGUCACCGUAGCCUAUGGACGCCUGCAACACCAGAGGCAUGAUGGUAGGAUGCUAUAGACGUGUAUAAUGUUCCUGACAACAUACCAAAAAUAACCUACGUAAUUUGGUCGGAUUAUUUAUCGCCCACCAUUUAUAAACUAUACUAAAAUUUACGGUGGGGAAUUUAAACUUUUUCUGCUACUCCUACUGAAAGUUCCAUAAGAGCAUCUCAUUCGGUCAUCUGCCGGCUCUACCAUUUCGUCUCUAUACUAUUGUACCUCUAUGGAAAAAAAUAAAACAACUGUCAUGUUUUCGUUCUACAAACGUCAAUGUCAAAACAUUUCUGGAAAGGGGAAAAAUAGAAUAAUAAAAUUCGUACUUUCUCAUUGAGUGUAAGAAAGUUGCGUAAAUAGUUUUAGAUAUUUGUUGAGCGUAUAAUGAUAUCUUUUAGAACUUAAAACAGUGUAUAAAUAAAUCGUUACGAUGAGUAAGCAUAUGUAUUCUACCGCGAACCUUAGUGACAAAGAAUUGAAAGAACAAGGAAACAGACUUUUUAGUUUGCGUCGUUACGAAGAUGCUAUGAAUUGUUAUACGAAGGCUAUAAUAAAAAAUCCAUCAGUUGCCACAUACUUCACAAACCGAGCACUAUGUCACCUCAAGAUGAAGCGCUGGGAAGCCACCUGCCAGGACUGCCGCCGUGCACUUGACAUUGACUCUAAUCAGGUCAAAGGUCACUUCUUUUUGGGACAAGCUCUGGUUGAGCUUGAGUUCUAUGACGAAGCAAUCAAACAUCUUCAUAGAGCCAAUGACCUUGCCAGAGAGCAAAAACUCAACUUUGGUGAUGACAUUGCUGCACAGCUGCGAAUUGCCAGGAAGAAGAGGUGGAAUGUUCAGGAGGAGAAGAGGAUCACGCAGGAGAUUGAACUUCAGGCAUAUUUGAAUAGGUUAAUAAGUGAAGACAUGCAGCGUAGGAUAGAAGCCUUAAAACUAGAGCACAAUAACGAAGAGGAGGUUAAUUUAAAAACUGCGAAAAUAGAAGAGGAAUGUAAUAAUUACACCAGCGAGCUAAACAAUUUAUUUACCAAAAUAGAUGAUAGGAGAAGGAAACGUGACGUUCCCGAUUACCUAUGUGGCAAGAUAAGCUUUGAAAUACUAAACGAACCGGUGAUCACGCCGAGCGGCAUCACGUACGAGAGGAAAGAUAUUGAAGAACAUCUCGAGCGCGUCGGCCAUUUUGAUCCAGUGACGCGCGUGAAGUUAACAUCGGAUCAACUCAUCCCUAACUUCAGCAUGAAGGAGGUGAUCGACUCCUUCCUUCAGGAGAACGAGUGGGCGCUCGACUAUUAGCCGUUUAAACUUUAUGUAUGGGUGAUUAAGUUUAAAUUGUCAUGUUAUAAAGCUGGUUCAUCGUUGCGUGUCGGUGGAACUACCAUUCUGAGAAAGCUCUGAAAAGUCUCAUAGAUUGAUAAGACAAGUGCUUCGAAUUUGGCACUGUACGAUUGUUCAGUAUCUUUGGUUGACAAAAGUUUUAUGUAUGGAGGGUAGAGAUAAGUAGAACACUUUCUAUGUAUGAAUAAGUGUCCGUUAAAAAGUGUUAAUAGGUGGUGCCAUUAGCAAGAGGACGCGCCAAAUAAUACUAGUCAGACCAAGCUAAGUUGGCAACAGCCCAGCCUGUGAAAGUACACAUCAUAAUUUCAUAGAUGUUUGACGUUUAAAAUAACACUUGUACUGCCUGGGCUACUAUUCUAGAUAGGGACAGAGAAGCAAAGAAGGAAAACAACACCUCCGAUUUUAAUAAAUUGCGCAAUCAAAAAUAGUUUUCUUGUGAAUUUAUUUAUUCUGUAAGAAGAUUAUUAAAAUAAAAAUUUAUAAAAAAAUAUGUUACAUACCGUUGGUAUUAAAUAUAUAUUUAUUGGUUCGUAGGUUAAUAUGUCCAAUUCAAUUCAUACCCUCUUGUUACUCUAGCGCCACUCUGGAGGGAUUUGGUACUGUUAUAUAGUAAACUGCUGUAAGUUUACUUACUAGUUGGGACACUUAACCAACUUUUCCCCCAUAUCAUAUGAGAGUUUUCUCCUUACCUCUACCCUUCAUAGUUUUGUUGAACCUUUUUGACGCUAAUGACGGAUAUAUCCACACCGUAGGUCCAACGCCGAAGAUGGAUUAAUCCGUCACAGACCACAGAGCACAAUAGACCUAUGUUCAUAUGCAUAAAGUUCAAUUACACUUUUGACACUCCGGUGAGGUGGCGUUCGAGUGACAGCUUUUUUGUUUGACACGGCUUCGAAAAGGACCCUUUUAACGCCACGCUACACUGUACAAGAUAGUGUACAGUGCGUCAUCGUAAACCUGAAGCAACAAAACAUUUGUUUUGAGGUUAAUGGUUUGACAUCUGAAAUAGAUAACGUAGAGUCGCCACAUGUCGGCUGUCACACUAUGGGCACGAUUAUUUCUUAGGCGUUACUUUUUGCAACCAAUAACUUGGUGAAAGAAACGUCCAGACAAGUAGGUACAAAAAGUGUCGCUCCUAUCAUUUUAUAGUUCGUUUUUUUAGCAUUUAAAAAAAGGUAUACAAUUUUGACGUCUUUUUUAUUGAAAAGUGUUUUUUAAAAAUCAAUAAUUAUUACUUAUGGAAGCAAAAUAAUGUAAAUGGUCGUGUAUGAUUUAUAAUUGUUACGUAUUGUGCCGUGACUUAUUUUUCAAAAGUUUUUCAAUAAAAAGUCAAUAGAAUUCUUUGUAAUACUAAAAAAAAACGAACUAUAGUGAUAUCCCGCUUACAUCUUAACCCUUUUCCAGGCCGCACCAAUCUACAAGGUUUUCCCAAAAAAUCCAAAUAUAUUCCAAUUAAUCCAGCUUUGAUGAUUCAUUUGAAGACAAGUAACAUUUCCUAAAAGUGUAAUCUAAUUUGAACCUUAAAUCGGAAUGCUAAAGUUGAAAUUCUAAUGGCGUACGUACGGCGUGACAUACGUUACGAAAAGGGUUGAAGCCUGGGGUUAUGUCGACUCGCAAGGUUUGGCUUUGGCACUGGUUUUUAAAUAAGAGCGACUGCUAUCUGAUCCAACAUUGCGAUCUGAAAGAUUGUACUAAAUGUUAAAAUAAUCAUGCUAUCAAACUGUGACUUUAGUAAAUAGGUGAGUUGAACGGGGUUUAUAUUAGAAUGUUAUAUAAGGGUACCUACGUUGUAAAAAAAAUUUGAAUAUUGUUCAAAAUUUCGGAUAGUUAAAUAGUUAAAUGUGGAUAUUUUGACAUUAUACGUAAAAAAUAGAAAUAGGUAGGUAUGGCCAAAACAUGAAAUACUUUUCUGCUUUGUUUUAUAAUCUUUCUAUAAAUUAUUUUAUAAUAAAAUGUUCAGAUCGCUAAAGGGGUUAUCGAUUUAGGAAAUAUGAGUAUGUUAUAAGAAUUGUUGAAUAAUGUUCGAAAUUUCGUACGGUUUAUUUUCCUUAUUUAUUUUUGACUGCUUUUCCUCGCAUAGGUAUAAAUUUUAUUAAUACAACAACUUUUGUAUUAUAGCCGGUCAAACGUUUGUCAGUAGAAAAGGCGCGAAUUUCAAAUUUUGUAUGGGACGAUGACUUUCGCGCCAUACAUUUUUUAAAUUUGCCGCUUUUUUCUCCUGACGGAAAUGCCUUGACAGACUACAUAAGUAUAGUUGGGCUAUUCCGGCCAAGUUGUGACCACUGGUAAUAGGUGUUUUUUUUUUUCAUCGUACCAAUGCAAACGAAUGAGAAAGAAGUAAAUUGGUGUUGGUUUCAGUGGUAACAGUUAAAAUAAUCCCAGCUGGUAACAACUUGGUGGUAACAUCUGGGAAUAACCGUAUACUUAAGGGAACCAUUUAGCAACAUAUAAACAAAUUGAAUCUUGACACUAUGAUCUUGCGCCAAAAUGUUUCCGUUUCGCCCAAUGCUUGACUUAACAGUCAACAAUGCCUUGAAAAGGCGUUUAAGGGACUUUUCAGAAAAUAGUGAACGUUUCUGAAAACUCUCUUAAUCUGCCGGAAAUUUGUCCGUUUAGUACUAAGUAGAAUGUACAAUAAAGUUUAAAUAUAUAAUUAAAAUAAUACUUGACACACGGUAUUGAUUAGUAAUGUGUACCUUAACACAUUAACUGCCAAGAACACGUGUGUGUUCAUUUUGUACUGGAAACGGGGCGCCCGGCACUGAAAGUGUUAAUUAGUUAACCCAAUAAAAAUGUAUCCGUUCCACCCAUAUUUAAUUGCUAUUUUAGCUAAGAAUUAAAGUCGAAUGCGUGUUUUUUAGACCACUAACAUUAUGCUUAUCAGAACAGCUUCGUAAUUAGCAAUAUAUGACAGUUUUGGCAAAUACGGGGUAAACCACAUUUUUUAAGUAAACUUCCAGUGAUUUUUACUCGUACGUUCUACCUUGCGUGCCAAUAUUUGCAAUUUCGGGUCCUAAUCAAUGUCUGAGGGCCUACCGCGAACCACGUCCUACGUGUUGCCUCUCUGUCGCACUUGUAAAUUUGUACGUAAAUGUGACAGGGAAGGCAACACGUCGAACGUGGCUCAUGGCCUGCCUUCUAACUUAAAGUUUGCCAGGUUUUUAUGCCAUUAUCAUUUUAAAAGUUUAAGAUUAUCAUCUAAACGUACCUGUCAAAACAAAGCAAUAAAUAUUAUCAAAUAAAUUGGAAAUGGGCCUUACCUAUAAAGAAAACCAAAAUAUUACAGCAAUAUGGUAACAUAUGAAUUUUAAUAAAUAGUUCAAAGCCAUAUCUCAUAUUUAUCGUGUUUUCAUUUUACACAAUUAAGUUCUAGAAUAGGUACGUAAAUAUUUUGAAACUGACAAUAGGGGAUAUUACGCAAAAUUGCACAGGGGGCGCCACUAGCACAUACCGAGGGCCUAUCGCGAAACAGAAUAAUGGAAAUAUCGUUAUCUGCCUCUCCAUCACUCUUGCAUAUUCGAGCAAUAAAGAGGCAGAUAACGAAAUUUUGUUUUUCGCGUUUCGCAGUAGGCCUCUGUAAACAAAUCGCCUUGGUGCAUCAAUGUCAUAGUCAAAACUUCUCAAAAAACUGUUAAGAGGGAAGAAUACCAUUUCGAAUCUAACGAAAUAGCGGUAUUUUUUCUAUGAAAUUCCAUUUCGAGAGAAAACGGGUUCUACUAACUAAAUCUUAACAAAUCACUUUGAUUUUGAUGUCGAUCGCUUCAGCAUAAAUAUAUUUUAGGUUUAUAGAUUUCGCUUAUUGGAAAAAAAUGUGUUGCAAAUUUCGAAAAAAAAAAGAAAUACGUAUAAACCUAGUUUUUUAUUGUGUCAAUAAUAUGAGUUACUCUAUGGUUUACAAUAUGUGCUAGUGUUGCUUUCUGGCGGCAGAACAUUGCAGUAAUACUCCCUAAGUCCCUAUUCAUCUUAUGUCGAGAUGUAAAUGACAAAUACAACUAUAACAAUAAGACGGUCAAACAUACAAUAUUUUUAAUAGUGUUAUUUUUUUACAAUACUAGUUUGGGAAGUAGAAUGAGACCAAGAUAAGUUGGCAGUGAUUUCGAUAGCCCGGAUAGCGCAAGUGUUAUUUUAAACGUUAAACAUCUAUGAACUUACGACGUUUACUUGACACUUCCACAGGCUGGGCUAUCGAAAUCGCUGCCAACUUAGCUUGGUCUGACUUUAGCAAUUUCCGUCGAGACGCGAUACUGGAAAGCACGAGCAUGUGCAGGUGUUCUAAACUGACACCUUGGGAUGAAGACAAUAAUGCCCGCUUAGUAGUUAUCUAUAAACAUUUCAGUCUGUUGCACUACUUUUAUCGACUUCAUUUGUGACGUUUUCAAGCAAAAGUACCACAUUGUCGAUACCAUAAGGCCGAAAUUUGCUUGUAUCUUUAUACGAACUGUUAGAGCGUCUUAUGGCAAGCGACAAUGUGGUAGGUACCUUUUGCUUGAAAACUACACAUUUGUACCUAUGACUUCAUUGACUUUGAAAACAGUCUUUUAAAUUAUUGAUCUCUAAUAAUAGGCUUACAAAAUGUGAAAAAUUUAAAUAAAUACUCUUUAUGGUGUAUUACGUAUUAUUGAUCUGGUUCUUCAUACUUAAAAUUUUGAUUCUUAGCAAUAUAGCCAUUAAAAAUGACGUAAAGUCAGUUUGUAUGUGUGAAACAUCGGGAUAAGUGACUCACUAAGGGGUCAUCCAUCAAUUAUGUCACACGAAUUUCAAGAUUUUUUGACCCCUCGUCAUACUUUGUCAAAUUUGGCAAACUCAGGCAUGACUUCACAUAUUUAGCAAUUUUGUUAUCAUUAUUUUUAUGAAAAAAUAUUCUUGAUAAAUCAAAUAUUAGAAUUUUGAUAACAUGAAACCGAUUAGGAAAAUCAAUAGAUGAAUAAAAUAAUCGCUUUCAUUCCAAAAACUGGUUAUUUAACUGUAUAGCGAUAAAAAAAUAUAUAAAUUUUCGAUUACUGAUUGUGAUUAAGCUAAAGUGACGUCAUAAAGUUUGUGACUCCCCCUCCCCCAUGUCACAUUUUCUUGCCUCCCUAAACGUGUGGCGUAAUUAAUGGAUGACUCCUAAAGAUAGUCGCUCCAAGCUCUGCACUGACUUUGACGUGAAAAAGUGUGUAAAAUUUUCACAGCACAUUGGCUAAGCAACCUGGCAUUAUUUAUAAACAUUUGUCAAAUCUAACAGACCGUUGCUAAUCGUUUCUCCCUAUCCGUCGUUAUGACAUUUCUGUUUGUUAGAAAGACACAAGAGGUUUUGUAAGAGAUAGCUAAGUUUUAUGAGAGACCAGAACACACCGUCUGCGUGUGCGCAGACGUGUACGUGUGCGUGCGCUAAAAUGUUGGAGCUGUCGCACACGUCACGCAAGUCUUAUAAGGAUCUGUAUAUUCCAACACGCAGCUGCACGUUGCAUGUCUACGCACACGCAACCGGCACAGACCCUUUGAACGCUUUAUGUCAUAAACACAAACAUCAUUCAAACGUCAAGCUCCCGGGCGCAAGGUAGCCAAUGUAAACCUAACUCGAACGUGUGAAGGGUACUUUGACAGCGUCCGCUAUAACACAUAUAGUUGUCCUUGGCGCUGUGGGCACGACUAGUAACGACGACUUUGGCGUUCAAAAGGUUAACCCUUUACCAGGCUGACAGUUCAAAAAUGACAAUGGAAUGUCAGUCUUACUCAUCGAAAAUAGAACACAUGUUUGAAGUGCUUCAUGUGGGAAAUAUAUAUCCCUUAGCCUGGUAAAGGGUUAAGGUGGUUUGUCAUUGCAAAGCUUGUGCAGAGUUGGCUUGGUCCGGUUUUAGCACUACCAAGGCUCGGAACCGGUUUAAUUAAUAGCGGUAAAUACCGGCUUAUUUCGGUUUUACUCCGAACCUUCAUAAGAACGCGAACGUUUUAGGAAAUUUAUUAUAACCUAAAUAAACCGGUUUAUUCGACAAGCGGCUGGUCGCGUAAAUGAAGACACUGACAUAGGAAAAACCCGGUUUUUAUGAUUCUGGUGUUAACUUACAAGAUCUUUAUAAAAAUGUUCUCCUAAAAACCGGUUUAAAAAUAACGGUUUUGCGAACGAAACCGAAAUUAACGAUUUGGAAAUUUACCCGGUUUCCGAGCCUUGCACAACUGUCCCAGACAAAAUAAACUACUUACGUGCCCAACUUACCUACCUAGCUAUACGGCCCGAUUCGAAGAAUGAAAUACGAUAACGAUAAGUUCCGGUUUAGAUAAGUUCUUAUUUAGAUAUGGUUUGUAUGUCGUAUAAUUGACAGAAUUUGGACCCGGGUACGUCCUUAAACUACGUCCAAAAGAGAGGUAUGGGCAUUGUAAAUGUCAUCUCGCUUUGUGUGGUAGGGCACAGUCAGUGGAUGUCAUUCCAGAUCUAGAGCAGAGCCCAACUGGGGAAGUACCUCCACCUUACAGAAAACAGCAGCCAAAUAACACUAGACCCUACUCAUAGUGUUGUGUUCCUGCCGGUUAGUUAGGUUGCCAGAGCUCAACUAUGGGGGGGGGGCGGGUUUAGGGUCGGUAACGCGCAUGUAACUCCUCUGGAGUUGCAGGCGUACAUAGGCUACGGUGACUGCUUACCAUCAGGCGGGCCGUAUGCUUGUUUGCCACCAACGUAGUAUAAAAAAAAAGAAGCAGCUCGAUUUGGGCAACCAAUGUCACUUUGACGUUAGAAAUAUCGUAGAUAGAUCUUAUUGGGAUCACAGCGGAAUCGAAAAAAACGUCAAAUUUGACAUGCCGUUUAGUUAUCGAUCUUUUAAAGAUCUUACCAAGAUCUUAAACGUGUUUUAAUCAUUCUUCGAAUCGAGCCGAUUGCGAUGAUGAAUAAGCCAAUGUUGUUAAACUAUGCUUUGAAAAAUAGUAACGUAUAAAGAUAACAUCCACCAAAGAUGAGAAAAAGUCGCGAAGCGGUUGAGGAAAAAAAUCACCAAGAAUAACACUUAAAAAAAAGAAGCAUUUUUCACAUAGCUUGGGCGUGUUGACAGCCGUUACUCCAUUACAUGUUAUUUGGUUUGGUAUUUUUUUUUAUAUUGGAGAUGAAAGCUGUCACCGCAUCCAAUCUGUUAAAAAUAACUAGCCAGACCAAGAUCAGUUGGCAGCGAUUUUGAUAGCCCAGAAAGUGCAAGUGUUAAGUUAACGUUAUAAUUUAAUAGAAGUUUGACGUUUAAAAUGACCCGUGCACCGUCUGGGCUAUCAAAAUGACCCCGUGCACCGUCUGGGCUAUCAAAAUGACCCGUGCACCGUCUGGGCUAUCAAAAUCGCUGCCAACUUGGUUUGACUUUAACCUCACACCGUGCCGCUUCCUCGCUAACUCUCAUGGUUCCUAAACUUCAUAUUGCUUGCAAACUAUAUCUUUGGAUUUAUUAUGGUUUUAUUUAGUAAUAAUCGAUUCUAUACUUAGAUUUAUUUGUAUUGUGAGAUCUUACGCCAAGGUUUAACGAUGGAUUAUUAGCUAAGUUAGCAACCAUCCGCGGUGACUUAUUAUAUGAUUAUAACAAAAUAAACGAUGUUUUGUA